UCCGUGUCCAAGCACAUUUGAGUAUUAUUUCCUCACAGGUAACGUCAACAACUCCAGUCACUUGGUAUGCCCAGUGGUUUAGAAAUAGCGGAGCCUUGUCUUAUCAUUACAUUGGCUCCCAGAAGAACUGUAGAGAUCACACCCAGGUUUCACUAACUAAGAGAGGCCCCUUAGACUCUUACGCACGAAUCAUGGCAACUCCGUAUCUUCUCGUCUUUGUCGCUGCCCUGGUUGUUUUCAUAAUGCCAACGGCUUUGUCACUUCAGUGUUACAAUUGCAACAACGCUCCGGAGAUUCCAGAGGGAACAAGCUGCGCAGCCGACAUUAUUCCAAAAUUCACUUGCCCUCCGACAUUUGACAGAUGUUUUACAAUUAAGUAUACCAUUGGACAACAAAAAAUUGAGUUAAGAAAUUGUUCAACGAGCCAGUUCUGUAGUGCGCAAAAAAUUCCUUGCAAUUCAGUGAAACCUAAUGGAACAGAAUGCAGCUUCGUCUGUUGCCAAGGUGAACUGUGCAAUAAUGAAGGCCAGUCCACCAUCAUCAAACCAUCCACCAAACCAUCCACUGCCUUUAAACCAUCCACCACCUCUACGCCAUCCAGCGCUGUACUGGGGCCUGCUUUGAGCUUCGGAGCUUUUUCGUCUGCCUUAAUUCUGUCGAAGAUUUUAGGCUCCAACUAAGACCUGCUUUUGCAUUUCUUUUGAUUCAAAUUAAAUUUUUAAACAAAGCUAUCUUCUUGAAGAAAAUAUUUAAUGAUGUAAACAGUAAUAAAUGUAACAUGUGUUUGUACCUGAUUACAUCAAGAACGACGAUGGUGUGGGACAUUAAUACUUUUUGAGAAGCUCUUUUACAGCAUGUGAGUAAUGAUUUUUCUUUUGCUUUUGCUUUGCGUCUUUUGGUUUUCGCUCAAUUUUAAAUUAACUAAAUCGACGGUGGUUUAGCGUUGUCUGUACUAAUAUCGACAACGAUAUUCGUCAUCAAAGUGGUCAAAUUGUUGUGGACUCACGAGGCGCAACCGAGUGAGUCCACAACAAAUUUUGACCGCUGUGACCACCGUUGUCGAUGAAAGGCAACGCUAAACCACCACCGAUUUGUGUUUUUUGCCACGAUAUUGACGUCAAAUAAAACGCUUUCAGUGUGUGACCAUUGCGUGACAUGUUGACGCGAUGUUGAAUGUACUCUAUAAGUGCAAAAUUUUACUGAGUUGACCCCAGAUUACAGUACUUCUAAUAGGCUCUUUUACAGUUGUGCACUUGGAUACCAAGCCUUUGAUUUGGAGUGAGGCUGAAGGUCACCUUAUUGUGAUAGAGACCAGUAUCUAGCAUGAUAACAAAG